AUGGCGCCGCUGCUCUGGUUUCUGCUCCUCCUCCGAGUCGCCGCCCUGCCGGAAGACGCCGCCACGCUCACCCGCCGUGACUUCCCAGACGGGUUUAUCUUCGGCGCAGGCACCUCGGCCUACCAGGUGGAAGGGGCGGCUGCAGAAGAUGGAAGGAAACCUAGCAUCUGGGACACCUUCACUCAUCAAGUGAUGAUGACAGGUUAUUCUGCUGACAAGUCUACCGGGGAUGUUGCAGCGGAUCAGUAUCAUCACUACAAGGAUGAUGUCAAGCUUAUGCACGACCUGGGUCUAGAUGCGUACAGAUUCUCCAUCUCAUGGCCGCGGCUUAUCCCAGAUGGAAGAGGAGAAAUCAAUCUGAAGGGCUUGGAGUACUACAAUAACUUAAUUGAUGAACUGACACGGCAUGGCAUACAACCUCAUGUCACCAUCUACCAUUUCGAUCUCCCUCAGUCCCUUCAGGAUGAGUACAACGGACUGCUCAGCCCCAGAUUCAUAGACGAUUACACCAUGUACGCGGACACCUGCUUCAAAAGCUUUGGGGACAGGGUGAAGCACUGGGUCACCAUCAACGAGCCCAACGUCGAAACGCUAGGCGGCUUUGACAGCGGCACUUGGCCACCACGACGUUGUUCUCAUCCUUUCGGCACAAAUUGUACUGGUGGGAACUCCACGACGGAGCCGUAUAUAGCUGCUCACCAUCUCCUGCUUGCACAUGCCUCGGCAGUGUCCCUGUAUAGAGACAAGUACCAGGCAACUCAAAAGGGGCAUAUAGGAAUUACUCUCUUGACCGGGUGGUAUGCGCCUGCUACCAAUGCAUCCCAGGAUGCUGUUGCUGCAACAAGGAUGAAUGACUUUCACAUUGGAUGGUUCAUGCAUCCUUUGGUGUAUGGGGACUACCCACCGGUAAUGAAGAUAAGGGUUGGUGCACGGUUGCCGAAUGUGACGGUGGAGCAGUCGAAGAAACUCUCCGGCUCAUUCGACUUCAUCGGCUUGAACCACUACGCUGUUUUUCCAACGCUGGCCGACGAGACUGCCUUCAAUCUGAAGCAGAGGGACUACUUCGCCGAUGGAGGAGUUGCAAAUCCGACGAAAUACAUCCUAGAGGGCCAGAAUGAGUAUGCUCCUUGGGCUCUAGGAGAGCUACUGGAGCACGUAAAACUCAAGUAUGGAAACCCUGCAAUCAUGAUCCAUGAAAAUGGAUAUGGAGACGCCCCCAAAACCCCAGGCAAGAUCGAAUACGAUGACGAUAACAGAUCAAAGAUUCUGCAAAAUUACUUGGAAGUUCUCUACCUGUCCAUAAGGAACGGAUCAAAUGUGCAGGGAUACUUUGUUUGGUCGUUCGUUGAUGUGUUCGAGUUCCUGUUCGGCAACCGCAUGCGCUUCGGGCUGUGCGGUGUCGAUAUGAGCACGGCGGGGAGGAAGAGGUACGUGAGGAACUCUGCGCGCUGGUACUCCGGCUUCCUCAACGGCGGUGAGCUGCGGUCGGUGUCGCCAUUGAGCAAAGCCUACGGGGCCGCAUGA